CUAAAGAAAAAAAUCAUAUUAUGUUAACGUUAAAAUUUCGACAAUUAAAAUAGUUUCAUGUGUGCCAGAUAUUAAAACAAGUGCAACCGAUAGUCUUGUGGAAGAGCAAUGCACGUGUAGCUGGCGUGUUUUGCUCGUCUUAUUGGUUUUAGAAUUUUUGGUUAAUCCGAUCGGAACACUUUAACCAUCUCGAUGAUGGCAUUCACUAUGCUGAGGCCUAUGGCGACUCAUCUUAUUUACCCUGAUCUUAGCAUGAUGUCUGAGGACGAGGAAAAUCGCAGCGAGAGCGAUGGCAGCUCGGAUCAAAGCUAUGGAUGCUGCGCCAGCGCUGACAAACGCCGGAGGAUGUCCCGCAAGUCAGGAGUCGGCGGCAGCGUCGUCGUGGUCAAACAACGUAAUGCGGCCAACGCGAGGGAGCGAGACCGGACCCAAAGCGUAAACACAGCCUUCACAGCUCUUCGGACUCUUAUACCCACGGAGCCAGUAGACAGAAAGUUGUCCAAGAUUGAAACGCUUCGUCUAGCGUCUAGCUACAUCUCGCAUCUGGCCAACGUUCUUCUACUGGGAGACGGGAGCGAGGAUGCACAGCCCUGUCUGAGUGCGGUGUACAGCGCGCAAGGAGAUGGAGAUGUCAAGCAGCCUCGAACCAUCUGCACAUUCUGCCUCAGCAACCAAAGGAAAGGGGUGAAAGACGGCCGAGACUGCCUAAGAAUGCGUGGAGUCAGUUCAUUACGGAUGAGCCGCCGGUAGACAUCCCCCAAAUUCAGCUGUAGCCGGAGUCCAAGUCCGCAACUCAGGGAGCAUUCAGACUGGGUCAUACAGAACUGUCUACAGACUACAAAGCAAGAUGGGGCAAAGAGUGGGA